AUGCUAAGAAUUCCAUCCCUUUACUUAACGCAUUGUCAGAGCGGACCCAUGAAUAAACAAAAGUUGUUGAAGCUCAUUUUUCAGAUGUGCUAUAGCGAGUAUUAUGCAGUGAACCGUAGCGGUACCGUAAGACAAUACUUUGAUCGAUUUUGUGUGCAUCGCAAACAUUGUCUGGAUCGUGGAAUUGACGAGUCCUGUCAAACUUUGGAGCAGCUGGAUAAAGGAAUUCAGAAAACUUUCUUCAAAUAUCAUCACUCAAAGCCAUCGAGAAAAACGCUCAUGCACAGUCGUUUCUGUUGUUGUGAGACAGAUCGUUGCAAUAAUUUUGAUAGCAAAAUGGCUUUCGACAAAUUUGGCAUCACUUCCACUUCACAACCUCUGCCUUCAAUAUUCCAUGUGAUAUUAACACCUCUUGCGUAUCUUAUUUUGAGUUUUUGCAUUCAAUAA